GUGCACUCGGUGCACAGAAGUUCUCCAGUGUGUUUGUGGCUGAGGACUCUCCUGGAGUUGGGAAUGUUCACCUGCAACCUGAACGAAGAGAACAAAAAUAAGAAAAGGCGACUGCUGGAUUAGAGAGGCCAAGUUUUUGGUUGUGUUUGUGACUGCGAGAGAUUUUUGAAAUCAGAACACAUGUGUAAAGGGGGAAAAUGAUAGAGGGAAUCCUUCUUUCACAGGCAGAAUUGUAGCCAAAGUGCUCAUCACAUCGCUUUUGAAUUGGGGAGCUGCUGAUGUUCACCAUAUGAAAGACCCAGUGGCCAGAUUGAAGGAUCCUGGCUUUCCUCCCCCACUUUUAAAAUUUGUUUUGCGUUUGAAGCCUUCUCAGUUUAGCUCGAUCAGAUGGAGGUACAGAGGAGAUCCAUGACACCACCCCUGUCACCUGCGGCAUAUGUCAAUUCAACACAGUAUUCCAGUGUCCUGGAGGGAAGAUUCAAGCAGCUGCAAGAUGAACGUGAAGCAGUGCAGAAGAAAACAUUCACGAAAUGGGUAAACUCGCACUUAGCAAGAGUGACCUGCCGGAUCACAGACCUGUACACGGACCUCAGGGAUGGACGAAUGCUGAUCCGGUUGCUGGAGGUGCUGUCAGGAGAACAGCUGCCCAAACCCACCAAAGGACGGAUGCGGAUUCACUGUUUAGAGAAUGUGGAUAAGGCCCUGCAAUUUUUGAAGGAGCAGAAAGUCCAUCUGGAAAACAUGGGCUCUCAUGACAUCGUGGAUGGGAACCAUCGCCUCACUCUGGGCCUAAUAUGGACCAUCAUCCUUCGGUUUCAGAUCCAGGAUAUCAGUGUUGAAACAGAAGAUAACAAGGAAAAGAAAUCUGCCAAGGACGCGCUUCUGCUCUGGUGCCAAAUGAAGACAGCAGGGUACCCCAAUGUUAAUGUUCACAACUUCACCACAAGCUGGAGGGAUGGACUGGCCUUCAAUGCAAUUGUCCACAAACACAGGCCUGAUUUGAUUGACUUUGACAAACUAAAGAAGUCGAAUGCUCACUACAACUUACAGAAUGCAUUCAAUGUGGCAGAGCAGCAGCUGGGACUCACCAAGCUGCUGGAUCCUGAAGAUGUCAGUGUGGACCAGCCUGACGAGAAAUCAAUCAUCACUUACGUUGCUACAUACUAUCACUACUUCUCCAAGAUGAAGGCACUGGCUGUGGAAGGGAAACGUAUUGGGAAGGUGCUGGACUAUGCAAUCGAGGCAGACAACAUGAUUGACAAAUAUGAAACUCUCGCCUCCGACCUCCUGCAGUGGAUUGAGCACACCAUUAUCACACUGAAUGAUCGUAAACUGGCAAACUCACUAAAUGGGGUUCAGAACCAGCUUCAGGCCUUCAACACAUACCGCACUGUGGAGAAACCACCCAAGUUUACAGAGAAGGGUAACCUGGAGGUGCUGCUUUUCACUAUUCAAAGCAAAAUGAGAGCCAACAACCAGAAAGUCUACAUUCCACGAGAGGGCAAACUUAUCUCUGACAUUAACAAGGCCUGGGAAAGACUGGAGAAAGCUGAGCAUGAGCGGGAGCUGGCCUUGCGAACUGAGCUCAUUCGACAGGAGAAACUGGAACAACUUGCUCACCGGUUUGAUCGCAAAGCAGCCAUGAGGGAGACCUGGCUGAGUGAAAAUCAGCGCCUUGUUUCCCAGGACAAUUUUGGAAUUGAUCUGGCUGCAGUAGAGGCUGCCACAAGAAAGCACGAGGCCAUCGAGACAGAUAUCAAUGCCUACAAUGAGCGUGUGCAGGCAGUGGUGGCUGUGGCCAAGGAGCUGGAAGCUGAGCGUUACUACGACAUCAAGCGCAUCACAGUCAGGAAGAACAACGUCAUCAGGCUGUGGGACUACCUGCGGGAGCUGCUGCAUGCGCGUCGCGAGCGUCUCAUGAGGAACCUCGAGCUGCAGAAGAUGUUUCAGGAAAUGCUGCACAUUGUGGACUGGAUGGAAGACAUGAAGAGCCGCCUGCAGUCACAAGAUUACGGCAAACACCUGCAUGGUGUCGAGGACCUGCUUCAGACUCUCACGCUGGUGGAGGCGGAUAUCGCAGUCCAGGCAGAACGGGUUAAAACAGUUAACAUGGGUGCUCAGAAAUUCAUUACCAGUGAGGAAGGUUACAAACCAUGCGACCCUCAGAUCGUCCGAGAUCGUGUCACACACUUGGAUCUUUGUUAUCAGGAGCUGUGCAAACUUGCAGCAGAGCGCCGUGCGAAGCUCGAGGAGUCUCGGCGUCUUUGGAAGUUCUUCUGGGAGAUGGGCGAAGAGGAGUCCUGGAUCCGGGAGAAAGAGCAGAUCAUGUCAUCGGAAGACUACGGAAAGGAUCUGACCAACGUUAUGCUGCUGAUCAGCAAGCACAAUUCUUUCAAGGAUGAGAUGAGUGGCCGCAGUGGCCCCCUGCAGCAAACAAUAAGGGAAGGAGAGGGUCUAAUCGAAGAGGGACAUUUCGGAGCCAGUGAAGUCAAGGAGAAAAUUGAGGAUAUUCGAGGACUGUGGGCACACUUGGAAGAGUUGGCAGCUCUGCGGGAGCAGAGAUUAAAUGAGAUCUCCAAUCUGUACCAAUUCCAGGCUGAUGCCAACGACAUUGAGGCUUGGAUUCUUGACACCCUGCGCAUCGCAACCAGCAGUGACGUCGGACACGACGAGUACUCCACACAGACGCUGGCCAAAAAGCACAAGGACGUGGAGGAGGAAAUUCACAACCACAGGCCUACCAUCGACGCCCUGCACGAGCAAGCCCGCAGCCUGCCGGCUGACUUUGCCCAGUCCCCAGAAGUAGAUGGCAGGCUGCCUGCCAUUGAGCAGAGGUACGAGGAGCUGGUUGCCCUGGCACAGCAGCGGAAGCAGACCCUGCAGGAUGCAUUGGCACUUUACAAGAUGUUCAGUGAGGCAGAUGCCUGUACGCUUUGGAUCGAUGAGAAGGAGCAGUGGCUGAAUGCCAUGGAGAUCCCUGAGAAACUUGAAGACUUGGAGGUUGUUCAGCACAGGUUUGAAACACUUGAGCCAGAGAUGAACAACCAAGCCUCUCGCAUCGCAGCAGUCAACAAAGUCGCCAGUAAGUUACUAAGCAGUGAGCACCGCAACAAAGACGAGGUCACUGGCAUGAAAGAUCAGCUGAACAGCAGCUGGGAUCAGUUCCGUGGCCUUGCAGAUCAGAAGAAGGAAGCGCUCAGCUCUGCGCUCAGCAUUCAGAACUACCACCUUGAAUGCAAUGAGACUAAAUCGUGGAUUAAAGAGAAGACCAAAGUUAUCGAGUCUACCCAGAGUCUCGGAAACGAUCUGGCUGGAGUCAUGGCCCUUCAGCGUAAAUUGACUGGCAUGGAGCGGGACUUGGAGGCCAUCCAGGGCAAACUGGAUGACUUGCAGAAAGAAGCGGAGAAACUUGCCUCGGAACAUCCAGAGCAGGCAGAAGCCAUCCUGGCCAGGCUUUCAGAAAUCAACGGUGUGUGGGAGGACCUAAAGGACACAUUGAAAAAACGAGAGGAGUCGCUGGGAGAAGCUAGCAAGCUGCAGGAGUUCCUGAGGGACCUGGACGACUUCCAGUCAUGGCUGUCCCGAACGCAGACUGCCAUCGCUUCGGAAGAUAUGGCCACGUCGUUGACAGAUGCGGAGAAGCUCCUCACCCAGCACGAGAAUAUCAAGAAGGAGAUCGAUAACUACAAAAACGAUUAUGAGACGAUGCGAAAUGUAGGGGAGGAGGUGACGCAAGACCAAACCGAUGCCCAAUAUAUGUUCCUGCAUCAGAGGCUUCAGGCUCUUGACACGGGUUGGAAUGAACUGAGUCAGAUGUGGGAGAACAGGCAUGACCUCCUGGCACAGGUGUACGGGUAUCAGAUCUUCCUGCGUGAUGUCAAACAAGCGGAAGGAUUCCUUAAUAAUCAGGAGUACAUGCUUUCACACACGGAGAUGCCUGGCACCCUGGAGAUGGCCGAGGCUGCCAUCAAGAAGCACGAGGACAUUGAGACCACCAUGGAUGCCAACGAGGAAAAGAUCAACAGCGUGGUGGAUUCAGGCAAAAAACUCAUGAACGAGGGGAAUGUUUAUGCUGACAAAAUCAAGGAGAAAGUGGACUCCAUUGAUGAACGACACAGAAGGAAUCGCAAAACUGCAAGCGACCUGGCCAGCCGGCUCAAGGAUAACUUGGAGCUGCAGAAAUUCCUUCAAGAUUGCCAGGAGCUCACACUCUGGAUCAAUGAAAAGAUGUUGACAGCCCAAGAUAUGUCAUAUGACGAGGCCCGAAAUCUUCAUACUAAGUGGCAGAAGCACCAGGCCUUCAUGGCAGAACUCGCCUCCAAUAAAGACUGGCUGGACAAGAUAGACAAGGAUGGGAAGCAGCUGAUAUCUGAGAAGCCAGAUACUGAACCGAUUGUGGAGGAGAAACUCAAUUACCUGCACAGACUCUGGGAUGAUCUGGAAUCCACCACCAAGACCAAAGCUCAGUGUCUUUUUGAUGCCAACCGCACUGAACUGUUCACACAAAGCUGUGCAGACCUGGACACCUGGCUUAAUAACCUGGAUGCACAACUGCAGUCUGAUGAUCAUGGCAAGGAUCUGACUAGUGUCAGCAUCCUUUUGAAAAAGCAGCAGAUGCUGGAAAAUCAGAUGAAAGUCCGUCAGAAGGAGGUGGAGGAGUUGAAGCUUCAAGCACAGGCACUAGGGCAGGAGGAUACCAACAUCAUAGAGGUGGAUUCCAAACAGAAGAGGGUGGAGGAACGAUUCCAGGAGAUGCUAAAACCUAUUGAAGAGAGACGCAGGAAUCUCAUGGCAUCCAAAGAGGGACAUCAAUUCAACAGGGAUUUGGAGGAUGAAAUUCUGUGGGUAAAUGAACGGAUGCCACUGGCAACCUCAACUGACCAUGGCAACAAUCUGCCGACUGUGCAGCUGCUCAUUAAGAAGAACCAGACCCUGCAGAAGGAGAUCCAGGGUCACCAGCCUCGGAUUGAUGAUAUUGCGGACCGUGGGGAGACCAUGUCCAAAGUGGGGCGCAUAGAUUCGGAGGUGCUGCGAGCUCGCCUGGGAGACCUGCAGGACAUGUGGAAAGAGCUAAUUAAGGAGACAGACAAACGCAAUGGCCGCCUGCAGGAGUCUCACAAGGCACAGCAAUUUUACUUUGACGCUGCUGAAGCUGAGGCCUGGAUGGGGGAACAGGAACUUCACAUGAUGUCAGAAGAGAGGGCUAAGGAUGAACAGAGUGCAAUGGCGAUGGUAAAGAAACACCAGGUGGUGGAGCAGUCACUGGAGGAUUAUGCGCAGACAAUCCACCAACUCUCCAACCUAAGCAGGAAUCUAGUAACAAGCGACCAUCCUGAGAGUGACCGGAUUACUCUAAGGCAGUCACAGGUGGAUAAGUUGUACGCUGGACUGAAGGACCUGGCGGAGGAGAGACGGGAAAAACUCCAGGAACGGCUACGGCUAUGCCAGCUCAAACGGGAGGUGGAUGACCUAGAGCAGUGGAUCGCGGAGCGGGAGAUUGUGGCGGGCUCCCAUGAGCUGGGUCAGGAUUAUGAGCAUGUAACUAUGUUGCGGGAUAAAUUCCGUGAGUUUGCUCGGGACACCAGUAACAUUGGGCAGGAGCGUGUGGACUCUGUGAACCGCAUGGCCGACGAGCAGAUUGACCUGGGUCACUCGGAGAAUGCCACCAUUGCUGAGUGGAAAGAUGGGCUCAACGAGGCCUGGGCUGACCUGCUGGAGCUCAUCGACACCCGGACGCAGAUGCUGGCCGCUUCGUAUGAGCUGCACAGCUUCUACCACGAUGCCAGGGAGACCCUCGACCGCAUUCGGGAGAAGGAAAAACAACUACCAGAGGAAGUGGGCCGCGACCUAAAGACGGUGGAGAGAAUGCAUCGGAUGCACACUACAUAUGAACAUGAUAUACAGGCACUGAGUACGCAGGUGAAGCAGGUUCAGGAUGAUGCUUCCCGGCUGCGGUCAGCUUAUGCCGGUGAGAAGGCCGAGGACAUCCAGCGCCAUGAGGAAACUGUCGUGGAGGCCUGGAAUGCCCUCCUCAAUUCCAGCAAAGGACGCAAGCAACUCCUGUCCGACACCGUCGAAAAGUUUCGCUUCUUCAACCUCGUACGGGCUCUCAUGCUGUGGAUGGAUGAUGUCAACAGACAAAUGGAUACCCAGGAGAAGCCGAGGGAUGUAUCUUCAGCGGAUCUGACCAUCAAGAACCAUCAGGGGAUCAAGUCUGAAAUCGAUGCCCGGGAUGACAGCUUUAGUGCAAGCAUUGAGAUGGGAAAUGCCCUCCUGGCCAAAAACCACUACGCUUCAGAUGAGAUUGCGGAGAAGUUGGCCCAACUCCAGGAAAGGAGGAGAGAAAUCAAUGAUAAAUGGAAGGAAAAGGAAGACUGGUUGCAACUGGUAAUGGAGGUUCUCCAGUUUGGUAGGGAUGCAACAGUGGCAGAGUCCUGGCUGGUGACUCAGGAGCCGUAUGUAAGAACAGCCGACAUUGGAAGUAACGUAGAUGAUGCCGAGAACCUGAUCAAGCGCCAUGAAGAGUUUGAGAAGUCGGCUGCUGCAUGGGAAGAGCGUUUCCUGGCCCUGGAGAAGCUAACAACACUGGAGCAACAAGAGAUUCGCCGCAAACAGGAGGAGGAGGAGAGGAAGAGAAAGCCACCUCCACCACCCUCGCCCCCUACACCACAUGUCUCCGUGACAGAAGACGGUAUGGAGUCCAGGAGUCGGGCACAGCAGAAGGAAUUGGCACGGGAUGGUGAGAUGGUGAAUCACUUGGAACCCAUCGCUCAGAAUGGAGUGCACUCGGACAUGGAGUCACCACAGCCACUGGAAGAUUUCAGACAAUUGAGAGAUGGUGUAUCGUCAUCUGUGACUGUGACUGUCAGUGAAGCAUCAGAACCCGUUAAUGGGACGAGUGCAGCAACAGAAUCAAAAAAGGACCACAGUCCUGUCAAGAAGACACCGCAGUCAUCUCCACGCCCGGGAUCCGUCAGCACCAUGCUCAGCAAGACACAAGACGCUGCAACAGUACAGUUGGAAGGUAUUUUGUGUCGUAAACACGAAUGGGAGUCACACAACAAGAAAGCCUCUAGCAGGUCCUGGCAGAACGUGUACUGUGUACUGAGGAACAGGAGUCUUGGUUUCUACAAAGACUCCAAGAAUGCCACCAGUGGCAUCCCUUACCAUGGAGAGGUUCCGGUCAGCCUGACAGAUGCCAAGUGUGAGGUGGCACAUGAUUAUAAGAAGAGAAAAUACGUCUUCAAACUCAGACUCAGCGAAGGGAAGGAGUUCCUAUUCCAGGCCAAGGACGAGGCUGAAAUGAAUAGCUGGAUCGAUGGGAUCUCCACAUCCAUCUCCACCAAUCAAGAUGACCGCUAUCCUGCCAAUCCCCAGGGCCUCACACGCGCCAUGACGAUGCCCCCUAUAUCUCCCAACAGCGGUGAGACUGUCACCCUGCGGCGGGACAAGGAUGGAAAGGAGAAAGACCGAGAGAAGAGGUUCAGCUUCUUCAAGAAAAAAUAGGAAAUGAUUCAAAAGCUGCAGAGUUUUUUUUUAAAAAAACAAGUCUAAAAUCACUACACGUUCCACACUUCGCACGUCAUUCCAGUCGAUUCCAGCUUGUUUUUCCGAAUGACUCUGUGCCUGACAUUCCCGGGGCAUGGGAGGGGGAAAUUUAAAAAAAACAAACUCGAUGGGGAAAACAAAAUACCAACACUUCAGGAAUGGUUAGUGGGACAUUUCUAAAGAACCGAUUCAAGAAUCACGAGAGAUUGGUCUCGAUUAUUUUUAGGUUGUCGGGAGAGAAAGAAAACGCUACAGCCAGAAAAUAGCCGUGCUUUUACCAGCACCGAAGUGUAAAUUCUGUUGGCUGAGCUGAGAAUGUUGGGUGCCUGGUAGGCUUUUCUGAUGGUUUGAAAUGUGUUAAGUUGGCUCUGUGGACUUUUUUUACACUGUUGAAAGACUAAUGGGCCCCCAAGCAGAAGCUUGCUGUUAACUUGUCUCUUUUCCCAGCUCGGCCAGGCAGAAUAUCUGAACGGCUGCCAAACGAGACAAAGUUGGAAAUAUGUAUAUCACGAGCAACCAGCAAACAAUCAUCGCCUAUCCCACUUGGUGCCAUUUCGUUUUUUUUUCCUUCACAUCUUCUCUCCCCCCCCCCUUACGCCCCCACCUCUCCUGCCCCACUCCCCUCCAACUUAAGCCAGAAUGUAGGGAGUACGGAGUGGGGACACAAACGGUCAAAUAACGUCUAAAGGGGGUAAAUACAACAUUAAAAUAUUUGUGUAUUUAUUGAUAACUGAAGGUACUUCAAAAAUGCAGGGGAGGAACAGGAGAGGACAUCAGGCCUGAUUUUCGAUGCUUUUAUUGAUCCAUGCUAAAUGGUUAGACAGCAUGUAUCAGCCACUCCUCCCUCAUAGUCAUCCUGCUAAGUUAACAUGUUGAACCAUUUUUAAACACAAACCUGUGUUUAUGUGAUGUGAUGUGAAUAGGACUCCCAACUUGCCAAACUUACUUUCUGUCUCGCAGGCCUGUGCUGUAUCAGGUGUUGAAAUGAAUUAUUGUUUUAAAGGAAAAAACACACACAGAUUUUAGAAUUUGUCAAAACAUCUAUUAAGUGGUUGUGGUGAAAAUUGUAGAUUAAUUCAAUGUGGGGUUUUUUUUCUUUUAAGUUUUAUUUCCAAUAUAAACGCCUCCCCUUCACCCUUUAUAGCCGUUGGCAAAAGCAGCUCCCACUGAGCAUCGACAAAAACCGAAUGAAAUCUCCGUAGCUCGGUGUGGACCACAUUGCAGAAUGCGCUGUUGAAGGUGUUGGAGCGUUCCUGUACACUAAUGGUUGCUCUUGUAUUCCUGUUUGUUAAGAGAUGGACCGGCCUCUCUGCCCCAGAGGAUUUCUGUUCACUCUGAUUCAGUUAUGAACAGUUUAACAUUAGGUUGAAACCUUGCGUUAUCUUCCAUUUGAAAGAGAAGUUAUAAAUUCACCUUUGGUCCAGCUAACUCGUGUUUCUUUCUUGUGCUGCGAUGCCUCUAGUGCUGCCUCUGCAUCGGCCCAGUGCUGGCUGCACCAAGCUACGAAUUAACUAGUGCCUCUCACACUUAAGAAACAUCCCACUGAGCUUGACGGGAGGAAGAGUAGGCAGCAGCAGGAGGUAGUAGAGACGUUAGGACAGGUGAGCGAAUGGUCGAACAGGUACUUGAUGAGAAGGCGUUUGAAGGAGGAGGAAGGUAGGAGGAUGGUGAGCUAUUGCCACUUUCGGAUGGUAUGCUACAGAAACAGGUGUAACUUACUGUUGAGUUGAGCUACUAAAAUGUUUUUAAAUAGGUGCUGGGACUUUAUUUAAAUCCCCCCCCGUGGUGUGACUUGAUAAACAGAAUCCAGGUGAAGAUAGAACCUGAAAGGCAUGAAGUUGAAAGAUACAAAAGUCGAUCCGAUAUUAAAAAUCAGUCUUGGGAACUUUUAAAAAGCAAAAAAGUUUCAAAAGUUGAGAAUUUACUGGAACGUCGAAGGGCAAGGCUGCAGCAGCAAGGAGGAGAUUUUUAGAUUUGAAUACUAAAAGCUACUGCUAGGAAUCUGACAGGAGCUCCUACUCUUUGGAGACCUCAAUUGUGACAGCCCAGUGUUGACACAAGAUGUUACUCAAAAAUUGUUACGAGAAGUUAAAUCUUUUGAACAGGAAACGGCAGCAGGCAUUAGAUUUUGAACAUAUGAUAGACAAAUAACAGACUCCGAAAUUUUUCUAGAGUUCUUUCACUCAAAAAUUCCAUUUGAAAUAUUUUUACAUCUAAAGUUUGUUAGCAGAUUCCAGGCUGUCCAAUGUUACUGAGAAACCUGCAGCACACAAACCCGGGGGCAGAAGUACCAGAAACAGGCCUGGUGCUCGAGGUGAGGCAACUGCAGCCUUGGGCUCUGUAGCUGCAGCAGGGCUACUCGCAGAUGUUCUCUUGUGUUUCCUACUGUUCCCUGACCGCUCUUUCGAAGGACAUUUUGCUACAGAGUUAACACACUUUAUUGUGUAAUGCAAACUUCCCAGUUUAGGCAAGAGGUGGCUGAAUUCUGACUUUUGUUUUAGAGCAAAGAAACAGCAUGUAAUUGCCCACAGUCACUGGCCUUUUACAAUGUAUUGGGGGAUACAUGCAGUGAGUGGUAACUUACACCAAAUCUAAUACGUGAUAUGCUGCGUGUGCAAAACUCUUAAUGCACCCCCUCAAAUUGUUCUCACUCACCAGUGAGACAACUAGUACCUCUUCCUAGUGCUAAGCAGCCCAUAAUGCAAGUUUGAAUUUUAUGGACAGUUGUUUUACACAGUUCAGGUCGGCACUGCAACUUGCAUGCUCCUGCCAUUCAGCUGUAAUGAAUUCCUUGAUGACAACAUUUCUCUGGUCUCAUGAAAUAGGCAAUUCAGAGGAGAAAGCAGGAAAUCCUUUGUGGGGAAUGGGGUAAUGAGUAGUUUUCAUAUCCAUGAAGGAUACAAGAGAAAAGCACAUCAGUUUCAAACCUUGUAACUAAUGAUUUUAAGGUACUGUUCCUCAGUCCCAAUUGUUCACCCAUUACUUUCCAAAAGGAGCCAUCUCAAAAAUGGUUAACUUAGUGACAUUAUGGUGCCAAGAGUACCCAAAUUUGGUACACCCAGUGCCAUUGUGGUGCCAAGAGUACCCAGUGCCAUUGUCCUAUUGGGCUAGCCAAACCAGCUUUACUAAUGAUCGUGUUGAUCAGACUGCCCCUUUGCACCACUCUGCCAAUGCCUUGGCACAGCCAAUUGCACUAGUGAUGUAAAUUAACAUAUAGGUUGCAUUGCCCAGCCUGCCUGAGUAGUUAGCACUUGAAAUUGCUUUUACAAGAGGAGACUUUCCUCUUGUUUAAAUCAUUUUUGAUUUAGAAAAUAAAGUUGAAAAAUGUUUUACUGCCUCGGCACUGCAUUUAAAUAGAACUGUAUUUUUUGCAUGGAAAAUGGGGAAGCAAUGUGGAAACACGUAGAGCAUUCAGCGUGACUUGUGUAACAAAAGGGCCAAGAUCUCCAUAUGGGUUGAGCAACUUUGCAAAGCAUUGACUAAUCGAAAUUCAGCAUGUCCCUUGCAAGUGAGGAACCUGAAACUCAACACUAUUUCUUGCAAAUUAACACCCUAGAGCAAAGAUCACAUCCAUUGGUUCUGCCAGCACCACACAAGAGUCCAGCAAAUUUUGCUAAGAUUUUUGAAUGGGGCUAGGGAGGGGAAGAUCAGCUGGGGCUCGCCAUCCACUGACUCCUGCUGAGCAAUGUGUAUUUGUGGGUGUUGGCAGAGGACAGGGUCUGUUAAGUAGCCAGCUGUUUUCCAAUGCAUGCCGAAUUGCCACUUGCAUAGGUUGCUAGAGAGCAGCCAGUGCCUGUGAAACCGAACCCUGGUGAGGAAUCAACAUCUCCACAUAGUGAGGUGAGAGGAGAAAGGAGAUAAGAACCACUCCAGAGAAAAUGUAGCAUUGGAUAGCUGUCAGCAGUCAGAGCCUUUUUAUAAUAUCCAAUAUGUAUGUCACAAUUAUACGGAUAUUGUGUGCUUUAAAAUGGUUUUAUAAUUCUUAAUAAGGAGGUUAUGUAAGUUGGGGAAUGGUUUAUAGACUGAUUUUGAUUUUUCUAGCAUAGGAUAUAAGCACAGGAUAAUAAGGUGGGUAUUGAGUAAAAUAAAAAUGGGUAAUGAUGAUGAGCUGCAUUUGCUGGAAAACUGAAAUAAAAACAGAAAAUGCACAGCAGAUCUGAUGGAAUCAUUAAAAAGACUGAGUCAAUUUGUUGAUUUUUCCUUCAGAAGCUAACUGACCUGCUGUGCAUUUUUUUUCAUUGUGGUGAGGUUGCUGUGCUGAGUUGUGGCUUUAGAUCAAAGCUUCACCCUAUUCCAGAAAUACGUUAAUCAAAUUUUACCCAUAUAGAUGCUAGCAGGAAGGUUACCACCUCUCACCACCAAACCCCCAAAACUAAAUCGAAACAUGUCCCAGUUAUUUAUGUUUGCUUUCUUUGGCAUUUUUGGUUAAGAAUUGGAGCUUUCUUGUGACGUAAUCUUCUGUUCAUUGGGAGGUUGAGAGGCAAGAUUAGCUGGUAGUGGAAGUGCAAAUGUUGCUUUGGUGCAGAGACUAUACUUUUGAGGUUGGUGUAUUGACUAUGUAUCUAACCUGUGCUGUACCUGCCCUGGGAGUGUUUGAUGGGACAGAAAAGAGGGAGCUUUACUCUUACCCCGUGCUGUAUCUGCCCUGGGAAUGUUUCAUGGGGACAGUGUAGAGAGAGCU